AUGGUUCUCACUGCACAUUUCCUAGAUGGUGAUUGGAUGUUGCAUAAGCGUGUGUUGAAUUUCUGCGUAAUUCAAAAUCACAAGGGUAGGACAAUUGGCAGACUUAUUGAGAAGUGUUUGAUUGAUUGGGGUAUAGAGAGGGUACUCACAAUUACCCUAGAUAAUGCAUCUGCAAAUGAUAAAGCUGUAUCUUAUUUGCAAAGUAGGAUGAAGGAUUGGUCGAAUGGAGAUGGUGUCCACUUACAUAUGAGAUGUUAUGCUCAUAUUGUAAACCUCAUUGUAACCGAUGGUUUGAAAGAGUUACAUAAUUUUGUUAAGAGUAUUCAUGAUGCUGCCAUGUGGAAUUCCACCUACAUGAUGCUAGAAGCUGCUUUGAAAUUUAAAAAGGCUUUUUCUAGGUUGGAAGAUGAGGAUGGACAUUUUAAAAGCUACUUUGGUAGAGGGAUUAUGCCACCAGUUGAGGAGGAUUGGGCAAAUGUUGUUGUCUUUGUCAAGUUUUUAAAAUGUUUUUAUGACUUUACUUUGAGGUGUAGUGCCACUUUGCAUGCCACAGCCCAUACUAUUUUUCAUGACUUAUUUGCAAUUGAUUGUGAAUUGGCAAAAAUGAGUGUAGUAGGCAAUCCUCUUCUAUCUAACAUGGCUCAAAAUAUGAAAUUGAAAUAUGACAAGUAUUGGGGAUCACUUGAUAGUGUGAACCAAUUCUUGCUGAUAGUUGUUGUUCUUGAUCCUAGGUAUAAAUUGGACAAUUUAUCAAUGCAUAUUGCUGAUUUGUAUGUGGAAAAUGAUGCUUAUGUUGCCGAGAAGACAGUUGGUGUGAAAGAUUUUUUGUUUAAACUUUAUGGGCUGUACGAGGCAGGUUUCGUUAGUAAUCCAACUCAAAGUUGUAGUAGUUCUACUACAUCCUCAAGUAUUGGCAGCAGCAUAGUUACUGAUAGUUCUAACUCCUCAAGCUUUGGAGGUGAUAGGAAAAAGGCUAUGAAUGAAAAGUGGAAAAGGAGACAAGAAGAUAAAGAUGCAGUGGUUUUAUCUCAUGAGAUAGAUAGAUAUUUGCCGGAUGCUGCAAAACAAGAUAUUAAACACUUUGAUAUUUUAAAUUGGUGGAGGGUGAAUGCUUCUAAAUAUCCAGAUUUAGCGGCCAUUGCAAGAGAUGUGCUUGCAAUUCCAGUCUCUACAGUUGCCUCAUAA